AUGGCGAGAACUCGAACUACAAUUGCUGCAACUCAAUUGACAAAGCCGGAAUCUUCAACGAAACAUCAAGCACGUGCUCAGUCAGCGGCAGCUUCUGUGAAACACGAAUCUUUCAUGAAUGGCUCGACUUCAGUUUACAUUGAACAAAUGUACGCGGCUUGGCAAGAAGACCCAAAUUCGGUUCAUAAGUCGUGGGAUGCGUAUUUUCGCAAUGUUGAACAAGGAGCGGCUCCUGGGCAAGCUUUCCAAGCUCCACCAACUGGAGGCUUGACGCUCACCGGCAUCACUCAACCAUCGGCAGGUGCAGCUUCUACGGCGCUUUCAACCGCCGGAGCUUCAGUCCAAUCAAUCUCCGAUCAUUUGAAGAUUCAACUCUUGAUCCGUUCCUAUCAGAUGCGUGGACACAAUGUUGCCGACCUCGAUCCACUUGGAAUUAACAGCGCUGACCUUGACGAUACUGUUCCACCCGAAUUGGAGCUUUCCUUCUACGGGUUGAAUGAAAACGAUCUUGAAAGAGACUUUGUGCUCCCGCCUUCAACCUACAUUGGAGGAUCGCAAACGAGCAUGAAACUCAAGGACAUCAUUGACCGAUUAAAGGACAUUUACUGUCUCCGAACUGGUGUAGAAUAUAUGCACUUGACGAAUUACGAACAACAAGACUGGAUCCGACGUCGUUUCGAAGCUCCACGAGUUACUGAACUUUCACGAGAUCAGAAAAAGGUUCUCUUCAAACGGCUUAUUCGAUCAACGAAAUUCGAGGAGUUCUUAGCGAAGAAAUGGCCUAGUGAGAAACGAUUCGGACUCGAGGGUUGCGAAGUGUUGAUCCCGGCCAUCAAACAAGUGAUUGAUUCUUCAUCUUCUCUUGGCGUCGACUCAUUCGUCAUUGGAAUGCCACAUAGAGGUCGUUUGAAUGUGCUCGCCAAUGUUUGCAGACAACCACUUGCCACCAUCUUGUCUCAAUUUGCAACUCUUGAACCAGCUGAUGAAGGGUCUGGUGAUGUCAAAUACCAUCUUGGAGUUUGCAUUGAGCGCCUCAACCGUCAAUCUCAGAAGAAUAUCAAGAUCGCAGUUGUGGCAAAUCCAUCUCACUUGGAGGCUGUGGAUCCUGUUGUUUUGGGCAAAGUUCGUGCCGAAGCCUUCUACUCUGGGGACCACAAAUGCGAUCGUGCAAUGGCGAUCAUGUUGCACGGAGAUGCCGCCUUUGCAGGCCAAGGAGUCGUAUUGGAGACAUUUAACUUGGACGAUUUGCCAUCUUACACAACAAGUGGCUGCAUUCACAUUGUAGUCAACAAUCAAAUUGGAUUCACCACCGAUCCUCGAUCAUCUCGUUCAUCACCUUAUUGUACCGAUGUUGGUCGUGUUGUUGGAUGUCCGAUCUUCCACGUUAAUGCCGAUGAUCCAGAGGCUGUUAUGCACGUGUGUAACGUAGCUUCUGAUUGGCGUAAGACAUUCAAGAAGGAUGUUAUUAUCGAUUUGGUCUGCUAUCGAAAAUACGGGCACAACGAGUUGGACGAGCCGAUGUUCACCCAGCCUCUCAUGUAUCAAAAGAUCAAGAAACAUAAGCCGGUUUUGGAACUCUACCAACAGAAAAUUCUGAAAGAAAGCGUCGCUGAUGAGCAAUAUGUCAAGGACGAAUUAACCAAGUACGGACAAAUUCUUGAGGAUGCAUAUGAAAACGCUCAAAAGGUGACCUUUGUCAGAAACCGUGAUUGGUUGGACUCGCCAUGGGAUGAUUUCUUCAAGAAGAGGGAUCCAUUGAAGCUGCCUUCAACUGGAAUUGAAAGCGAGGUUUCGAACUUGAUCAUUGACAAAUUCUCAUCGUACCCUGAAGGAUUUAAUCUUCACAAAGGUCUUGAACGUACUUUGAAAGGACGACAACAAAUGCUGAAGGAUAAUUCGGUUGAUUGGGCGGUUGGAGAGGCCCUUGCUUUUGGAUCACUCCUCAUCGAGGGUAUUCAUGUUAGAUUGAGUGGUCAAGAUGUGGAGCGCGGAACCUUCUCGCACAGACAUCACGUGCUUCAUGAUCAAAAGGUCGACCAGAGGGUCUACAAUCCGUUGAACGAUCUUCGUGAAGGACAAGCUGAGUACACUGUGUGCAACUCCUCGCUCUCUGAAUACGCUGUCCUUGGUUUCGAACUUGGCUACUCAAUGGUCGAUCCAAACUCAUUGGUCAUCUGGGAGGCUCAAUUCGGAGAUUUCUCGAACACCGCGCAAUGUAUCAUCGAUCAAUUUGUGAGCAGUGGACAGAGCAAAUGGAUUCGACAAUCUGGAUUGGUGAUGCUCUUACCACACGGUUAUGAAGGAAUGGGACCAGAACACUCGUCGGCCCGCCCCGAACGUUUUCUUCAAAUGUGUAACGAAGAUGAUCAAAUUGAUUUGGACAAAGUUGCAUUUGGACCCACUUUCGAAGCUCAGCAGCUCCACGACACAAAUUGGAUCGUUGCUAACUGCACCAACCCAGCAAACAUCUACCAUCUUUUGAGGCGCCAAGUUCUAAUGCCAUUCCGUAAGCCAGCUAUUGUGAUGUCGCCAAAAUCGUUGCUUCGCCACCCUAUGGCUAGAUCGCCGAUGGAAGAUUUUGCAGCAGGGACUCACUUCCAGCGUGUCAUUUCUGAAACUGGAAGUGCUGCUCAGAAUCCAGCUAACGUCCAAAGAAUUGUCUUCUGCACAGGCAAAGUCUACUACGAUUUGGUUAAUGCUCGCAAACACAUUGGAAAAGAAAACAAUGUGGUCUUGAUUCGUGUCGAACAAAUCGCUCCUUUCCCAUAUGAUUUGAUUCAAGCUGAGUGCCGCAAAUACCCACAAGCCGAACUAUACUGGGCCCAGGAAGAACACAAAAAUAUGGGUGCUUGGGCGUUCAUUCAACCACGGUUCAACUCGCUUCUUGCUAGAGAAGGAAGGGGAAUUAAAUAUGCCGGACGACACCCAUCGGCUUCUCCAGCUACUGGCAACAAAUACACCCACUUGCAAGAGCAGAAAGAACUUUUCGCGCAAACUUUCAAUGCCACCAAGAAAGAUUUCGAAGGAUUCAAGCCU